GUCCAAUUGUCCACUUUCGCCGCAUUGUUCAGCAUGUUCCCGGCGAUCAUUCUUCACUCACCAGCGCCAACUCUUCUUCGACGAAAGUCCUACCGCCGGUGUGUAUGGACCCUGGUGGGCAUAUUGGUUGCCCUAUUGUUCGUGCUAUACAAACGGGCCGAAGCUAGGAUCGUUGCUUUGGUAAACGUCGCCGUCUCAAAUUCGGAUGUCCAACUCGACGGACAGAUGGUGUUUGAUCAACUCUGUAUCGAUACAGAGGUAUCAUCGCAAAUCCCAUCAACUGUUCUGGCAUUCUUCAUAGCCACCGUCGCUUACGGGGGAUUUUAUUUCUUAUCCAUUGUCCCUCAUUGCCAGCAGCGCUUAGAUAGGUCCAAAGAUGCUCUGAACAUUAUGCUGGCCCUGUCUGCGACUAUAGUCAUGUGGUUGGCGCUCCUCAACUUCUAUUUACCUUUCGAAACAAGAUGGAUGAAUAUGCUGGUGAGACGGAUCAAACUCAUAAAUGGACGUUUGGCCAGGUAAUUGGAGUUUGUACCUUCGCGCCGAUCGUCGUUGAAUUCCUAUUCGUCCUCGUUGAGAGACCCUGGAAGGCUUUGACGGGUACGAUCUCGAGGAGAUAUGAGGUUAGGUCGGCUGAGUCUGUGCACGAGGAGCAGGGAUUUCGAAGCUUGGAAGCCUCGGAUAAUGUCGCGCUAUGGGGACUGGGACGAAACUACUGAGCAAGUGGAAUGGAUGAAGAGCUGACAGAGGGUUUUCGUCGGCACAGACUAACCCAUUCUAUUUCUCCAUUGUUGUCCUUUCUUCCACUGCAUUGUAGCUCUUGCUUCUGUACGCCUCUAGGCCCUUUUUCAUAUGACAUUUCCGG